CCUCUUUGCGUUGAAUAAAAUGAAAGAAUGACAGAAUGAGUGGAGUUGUGUAUACAGUUAGUUUCAAGUUUAGGAAUGAUUACUUGUAUCACUUUUAUAAUGUGGAGUCUAAGAGAUAUGGUGGUUUGGAUUUCAAUCACAAACAGUUGUUGAUAUCUAACACCAACACCAACACCACGCUCCUUGCUGCUGCAGCUUCUUCUUCAGCCGCCGGUGGUGCUAGUUAUUCUGAGCAAUUGUUGGAUGCGAAAGUGAAGCAGAAAAGGAAGAGAAUAGCCGGCAUUGAUCAGGAUGAAUUGUUGGAUCCGGCACUUUUAGCUGACCCAGACAGUUGUUUUUGUGAGUUCAAAGGAGUGCAUAUACACCACAAGGUAUAUGAUGCAGAAUCACAAGCGGAUCACUCUUUAGGGAGCCAGAUUCUUUCACAACUCCCUCAACAAACAAAGAAAAUUGGAUUUUCAAUGGUUUUAUUACAUGGAUUUGGAGCCUCAGUUUUCUCAUGGAACCGAGUUAUGAAGCCUUUGGCUGGUGUCACUGGCUCUAAAGUACUUGCCUUUGACAGACCAGCCUUUGGGUUGACUUCAAGGGUAUUUUCUUUUCAGCGUUCUACUCCUGAUACUGAGGAUAAAAAGUCUUUAAAUCCCUUCUCCAUGGCAUUUUCUGUGCUUGCUACCUUGUAUUUCAUUGAUUUCUUGGCGGCUGAGAAGGCAAUUAUAGUAGGGCAUUCAGCUGGUUCUCUUGUGGCAGUUAAUUCAUAUUUUGAAGCUCCUGAACGAGUUGCUGCUCUCAUCCUCAUUGCCCCUGCUAUAUUGGCCCCACGCAUUGUACAGAAGGUUGUUGAAGGAAAUCCCUGGGAAAGAAAUGACCAGAUUGAAAGAGAUAGAUCAGGUUCAUUUAAUCUAGUAAAGCCAUUUGUCAAGCUUUAUGGGAUUUUGUCAAUGUUUACCAAGCACAUUGCACAAGCUAUAUUGCGGGUGGCAAAGGGAAUGGCAGAUAUGGUCAAUUCUCUGUAUAAGAAAUUAUUGUCCACUGUUCUGCGCUCUGCUUUUGGCGUAAUGCUGGUAAGAAUGAUAAUUGAUAAAUUCGGUAUAGCUGCUGUAAGGACUGCAUGGUAUGAUUCCAAAAAAGUUACAGAACACAUCCUUGAUGGUUAUACAAAGCCAUUAAGGGCUAAGGGUUGGGAUAGGGCUCUUGUGGAAUUCACAGCAGAAAUGCUAACAAAUAGUGAAUCAGAACCAAAGCAGCCACUAGCAAAAAGACUUCAUGAAAUCUCAUGUCCUGGUAAUGAUACCGUUCUGAUUGUCACGGGUGAUACUGACCGAAUUGUCCCCUCUUGGAAUGCUGAGAGACUUUCACAAGCCAUACCAGGAUCUAGCCUUGAACUAAUUAAGAAUUGUGGCCACUUGCCUCAUGAAGAAAAAGUCGAGGAGUUUGUUUCAGUUGUUGAGAGGUUUCUGCGAAGAGCUUUUGGCAGUUCAGAGGAGAGCGAGCAAGCAGUAAUUUAAAAUUUGCGUGUGGUGUAGAUAGUGUUUAAAGUUUGUUAAAAGAAGACUGGUAAAUAUCAAUCAGAAGCAUUUUGCUUUUGGGGGAGGGGAGGAAGGAAAGCUACUAGGAAAUGUUAAAUGACGGCUAUUUUUUUUAAGUUCAUUGGUGGGAGACUGAACAAACACUUCGUAACUGUUAAAAAGAGCUCUUCCAAGUUGCAGUAUCUAAUGGAGAUUAUAUUCCCAGUUGAUGUUAUGAUGGUUAUGAAACAUUUUUAGUCCAGUCCAGUCCAGGGAAACUGGUGAUACAUGUGAUAUUUCUUAGAUAUACAAGAGCUGUAACAUUAGAUAUGCUUCAGGUCUUCAUUAUGAUAAAUAUUUGAUAUACUUCAUUAUUCUUUUUGCUAAUAUAAUUUGAGAUCUUUAUAGCUUCACAA